AUGAGAUUUUUAAAGAUCCUUCGACAGAUGGAAAUCGAAAAAGAGCAGGCUUAUGCCUCUGUCCUGAUGUACAUGGCUCUUGGUCCAACCAGAACUAAACAAGUGUACCAAGAUGAAAACUAUCAGAGGAAUGAGGCAGUAGAUAAAGAUAACACAAUGAUAGCCCUGUUAGUAGUAUGGAGUAUUCUAAUCAUAUUGUUCAACGUUAUUCUCCUGGUAUUAAUCCCCUGCUACUGGAAACUACGGGCAUCUGUUAAACACAUGCUGAUGUUCAGUGCCGCCAUUGCUGACCUAGUUAUGGGAUUAGUUGUCUGCCCUUUGAUUGCUGACCUCGGGGUCAACAGGAAGUUCCUUCACGGAUGUUCUACACAAAUGUCGCUCCAAGCGUUAAGUACGAUAAUUGUUCCCUCGGUAACGACCUGGGCUGUUUUAUUAAUCAACAUCAACUAUAUUUUAAGAAUAACUUCAUAUUAUUAUUGUGAUCUCAGUCAAAAAAUAGGAAUGGCCAUUUCAAUCGCUGUUACACCAUGGGUUCUAACAGUGGUUAUUCUGGUACCACAGUUAGUCGCUGGAGUCGAUGAACGAAAAUGUACCCUCUACUUCCCGAGUGAGACGGCGAGAAAAGCAGUAAUCGUCACUAGCUUUGUUCCUCAAUGCAUCGGGAUAUUCAUUACGUUUCUGGUUGCGUUUGUAAUGUACCUGAUACGACGAGAUGAGUUGGUUUUGGACGCUGCUGGAGAACGGUUGCAAGCACCGUCUGAUAUCUGUCUUGUUAGCUUUCUUACUCUGUCCAUGUAUUUACCGAAGGAAUUGUUGCUGUUGAAUCAGGGUUUUACCCAAUGUACAUCAGAAGUAGAAUGUGACGCACUGCACUGGAUUAGAAUCUUGGGUACUUGGGAACUUCUUGGAAAAUCAUUUUUUGUUCCUUUAGCCUGGACUUUCUGUCACCAGCUACGCGAAGCAGUCAGAUCUCUCUGGGAACAGGCUACAUGGAACCAGAAAUUCUAA